CCCAGCGCCCCGGAAGUGAUAAUUGGCUGCUGCUGCAGAGCGGCCAGGAGGAGGGUGGAACUCCCCAAAGCCGAGCGCCUGAGUCCUCCUCCUCCUUCUCCAGCCGCCCCGGAUCCACCGCCGCCCGUCGGACUCCUUCUGCCGCUCCCGGUGCGGCAACUCCCAGGCGACAAGGGCUGAACACCUUCCGGCCGGAGCCAGCGCAGCCGCGGCUUCCGGAGCCCGUGGGGCGGCGGGGCGGCUCGUGGUGCAGUUCUGGAAGCUGAGGCGUCCAAGAUCAAGGUGCCACCAGGUUCAGUCUCUGGUUCCAAGAUGGUGCCUUGUUGCUGUGUCCUCCAGAGAGGAGGAAUGUUGCAUCCUGACACAGCAGAAGAGCAAGAGAGGAUUCUUCUUAAUCCUUUGGUGAAAACUCUGUGACACACGAUGGCCACAAAUAAGCCCAAGGGUCAGAAUUCUUUGGCCUUACACAAAGUCAUCAUGGUGGGCAGUGGUGGUGUGGGCAAGUCUGCUUUGACUCUACAGUUCAUGUAUGAUGAGUUUGUGGAGGACUAUGAGCCUACCAAAGCAGACAGCUAUCGGAAGAAGGUAGUCCUGGAUGGAGAGGAAGUUCAGAUCGAUAUCUUAGAUACAGCUGGGCAGGAGGACUAUGCUGCAAUUAGAGACAACUACUUCCGAAGCGGGGAGGGGUUCCUCUGUGUCUUCUCUAUUACAGAAAUGGAAUCCUUUGCAGCCACAGCUGACUUCAGGGAGCAGAUUUUAAGAGUAAAAGAAGAUGAGAAUGUUCCAUUUCUACUGGUUGGUAACAAAUCAGAUUUAGAAGAUAAAAGGCAGGUUUCUGUAGAAGAGGCCAAAAACAGAGCUGACCAGUGGAAUGUUAACUAUGUGGAAACAUCUGCUAAAACGCGAGCGAAUGUUGACAAGGUAUUUUUUGAUUUAAUGAGGGAAAUUCGAGCCAGAAAGAUGGAAGACAGCAAAGAAAAGAAUGGAAAAAAGAAGAGGAAAAGUUUAGCCAAGAGAAUCAGAGAAAGAUGCUGCAUUUUAUAAUCAAAGCCCAAACUCCUUUCUUAUCUUGACCAUACUAAUAAUUUAUAAGCAUUGCCAUCGAAGGCUCAAUUGACUGAAAUUACUUUAACAUUUUGGAAAUUGUUAUGUAUCACUAAAAGCAUGAAUUGGAACUGCACUGAAAGUCAAAUUUACUUUAAAAAGAAAUUAAUGUGGCUUCACCAAGAAGCAGAGUUCAACUUAUUUCAUAAUUGCCUACAUUUAUCAUGGUCCUGAAUGUAGCGUGUGAGCUUGUGUUUCUCGGGCAGUCUUUCUUGAUUUAUUAAAUAAAGGAAUGAGAUGGGGGUGGGGAAUGGGAGGAAAGGCUACUUCCUCUGGUGUUUAUUAUAAAGCUUAAAUUUUAAAUCAUUUUAAAAUGUGUUGAUCUUCUACUGCCUUGAAAAAUGACAAUUGUGAACAUGAUAGUUAAACUGUACCACUUUUUUUUAACCAUUGUUAUGCAAAAUAUAGAAGAAAAAGUUAUUGGCAUGGUUGUUGCAUAUAGUUAACCUGAGAGUAAUUCAUCUGUGAAUCUGCAUUAAUUACCUGGUGAUUAACUUAGAAAAGUGGUGUAAACUUGUACAUGGAAAUUUUUGAAUAUGCCUUAAUUUAGAAACUGAAAAAUACCCAGUUACAUCAUUC